AUGGCGCUCCAGGAAGAAGUGUCAAUAAGACUCUUGACUAAGGCUCAAGAGGCUGUAUUACAACUAGACCUAUGGAUCAAAGAUCAGCAAGGGUUUCAGAAUCGUGAUGGACUACGUGCAUCAACUUCAGAAUCCUUGGAACAAGCUGAGAGAGAUUAUAAUCGGUAUAUGUUUCAACUGAACUCUCUGUAUCUAAGAGCCCAAUAUAUCCGAGAUAAGAUUGAAAAACAGAAUGCUUAUAAUUUAGCGGAUUCUGAUGUUGCAGGGAAUGACACCAAUAGUCACGCAUAUGUUCAGCAACUAGUAACAGAAUUUUAUUCAUUAAGUAUUAAGAUGAAUGAAUUAUCUGCUAUUCAAGAAAAUGUCACAAAUGGAUCUUCACCUUUAUCAAAUAAAUCAAGUCACUCAAAUGAUUCACUUUCAAAGAUUACUGAUGGAUUUCAACCUCGUCCAUUAAAGAUCCUUCAGCGACAGAAACAUAAUAAUAAUCAGAAUACUCAUCCCCAGCCCGAUUUGGAAUCUCCUUUGAAAUUGAAACAUAGAUCGAGUUACAACAAAUUGUUAUCAUCAAAUAAAAAAGAAAGUAAGCCUUAUAAAAAUUUUAAUUCGAAAAAGUCUAAAAAUAAUGAAUUGUUGUCAGAUAUUUCUCCAGUGAAAAUUCAAUCAUUCGAAGAGCCAACAUUCUCAGUAGCAAAUACAAGAAAUAAAAAUUCUAUGGAUCCAUUACAUUAUUCACUCUUUAAAACUAAUAAUAGAUUGUCAAUUCAAUUCCCGGAUGGAUAUGAUAAUGAUGAUGAAUACGAUGAUCCUACGUGCAUAUCAGAUCAAGAUACAAUAUUUGUCUCAACUCCAAAAAUAGCUUCAUCAAUUAAGAAUACUUCAGAACCAUUACGGAAAUUUAAUUCUCAUGAAAGUAUCUUGUCUGUGGAAAAAUCAAAUAUGAAAUUUAUUCAACCCUUACCCGCUCUAAAGCCACCUUCUUCUCUCUUAAAUUUGACAUUGAAAAAAAAUUUGCGUUCAGUUUCUUCCGUAUCAUCAAAUAAUGUUUCCUUGACGUAUAACCCAAUGAUUUCAAAAUUAAAUACUACUACAAUAAUACCAUCAGAACAUACUCGAAAUCAAAUGAGAGUUAAUUCAGUAGAUUUGCUGAAUUUAUACGUACAACAGCCAACACCCAAAAAAUUGAAAACAGAAUCCCAAUCUCCUAAUCCUCCCUCGACAGAUACAUUACCUUCCUCAAACAAAGAAUCAUCCGUCUUUAGUAAUUGGAAUAUAUUGAAUUUAAUUUCAACACCUAGAUUAUCAAUUUCCUCAUCUGUAACAAAUACACAGGCAGCUUCAACAAAAGCACCUAAACCAAUAAAAAAUAAGCCAAAUUACGGAGAUCUCUUAAAUCAUUCAAAUGAAUUUCAUUAUGAGCCACCACUUCAUUACCAGUCAAAUUUGCAAACGCAUAAUCAAAAUACGGAUGCUGCUGUUAUAUCUCGAGGUAUAUCGGUCUCUGAUCUAGAGCAUGCCCUAAACACAAAUUUGAAAUUAUAA